AUGGCUUAUCAACAUAUAGGAAUUGAAGAAUUGACUACGAAACACAAUAAGAAUGGGGUAACUAAUCUAUCAUAUGGCGAUAACACUCAUUCUCUUAUGGAGGCUUAUCACCAUAUGGGAAUUGAAGAAUUGACUACGAAACACAAUGAGAAGGGGUAA